AUGGAUCCAGCCUGGCAGCAGUCAUAUCCCGACGCGGCUGCGGCCUCGCGACGACACAACGGCGGCUCUCAGAUGCCGCGAGAGUACACCGGCCAGCCGGCGCCCCCAACUGGCGCGGGCUACGGCUACGAUCACGGCCAGUACCACGGCGGCGCGCCUACCCAUGGAACCCCCCACGGCGCUAUGCAUCACGUCGCCAACCCUGGUGUGUCUUCUCCUAUGGCGUCCGGGCCUGCCAUCCGCGACGGCAACGGCGACAUUCCCAUGCAUGACGCCCACGAUGCGCAUGCUGGCAUCAAGUAUCCCAUGCGGCCGCAUCAUCAGACUCACAUGUCAGGCAGCCGGCCCUCGAACCUUCAUUCGCCGCAGGAGCAACCGCCGUCAGCUGCGGCCCAGAGGUACUCUCCCAUGGACACCCUGUCGCCGACGUCCCCGUACGCUCCCAAGUCCAGCCAGUUUGGGAAUCCUCCGUCACAGACACAGUCGCCGGGCGAUUAUCCUCAUAGCCCCUACUUUGCGGGAAGGCAAGGAGGGCAGCCGUUGCCCUCCAUCACGGCGUUCGCUUCGUCGCAUGACGGGUACCCUUCAUCGGCCGUCGCUCAUCUUGAUGGUAGCUUCGCCAACGAGAAGUCGUCGCCACGACGCCAGAACCCCUCCGCGCCAAAGCCGGUACCCGAGUUCAGGAAAGUGAGGGCUGCAUCUGACCUGCACCCGAAAGGCAGCCGUCAGCCACCUUUCAGACGCGCGAACCCCGAAGGUGGAUUUAUUAGCCCUCUGCAAGCACUCACCGUUCAUCUGCCUGCCACAUACCGCAUUUGCAACCCGAGCUUCAAGUACGAGACCUCGCGGAACCCCCGUCGAGUGUUGACAAAGCCUAGCAAAGGAGUGAAGAACGAUGGCUACGACAACGAAGACAGCGACUAUAUCCUUUACGUGAAUGAUAUCCUGGGAUCAGAGGAGGCUGGCCACAAGAACCGCUACCUUAUAUUGGAUGUACUCGGUCAAGGCACGUUUGGGCAGGUUGUGAAGUGUCAGAACCUCAAGACCCAGGAAGUCGUUGCGGUAAAGGUCAUCAAAAACCGCACUGCCUACUUCAACCAAAGCAUGAUGGAGGUUUCUGUGCUCGACUUGCUCAACACGAAACUUGACAAGAACGACGACCAUCAUCUGUUGCGUCUCAAGGACACCUUCAUCCAUCGACAGCAUCUCUGUCUCGUGUUCGAACUGCUCAGCGUCAACCUCUACGAACUCAUCAAGCAGAAUCAGUUCCGCGGCUUGAGCACAACGCUGGUGCGGGUAUUUGCGCAGCAGCUACUCAACGGCCUGGCCCUUCUCAACAAGGCGCGGCUGAUUCACUGCGAUCUGAAACCCGAGAAUAUCUUGCUGAAGAACUUGGAAAGCCCCAUCAUCAAGAUUAUCGACUUUGGAUCAGCGUGUGACGAGCGACAGACUGUUUACACGUACAUUCAGUCACGGUUUUACCGAUCACCCGAGGUUCUGCUCGGACUGCCCUACUCGUCGGCCAUUGACAUGUGGUCCUUGGGCUGCAUCGUCGUCGAGCUGUUUCUCGGUCUCCCUCUCUUCCCUGGAUCGUCCGAGUACAACCAGGUAUCUCGCAUCGUGGAGAUGCUGGGAAACCCACAGAACUGGAUGAUCGAGAUGGGAAAGCAAGCUGGCGAGUUCUUCGAAAAGCGACAGGAUGAGUUCGGAAGACGCACGUACCACUUGAAGAGCAUGGAGCAGUACGCCAGGGAGCACAAUACUAAGGAGCAGCCCAGCAAGAAGUACUUCCAGGCGAGUACGCUGCCUGAGAUCAUCAAGUCUUACCCCAUGCCCCGCAAGAACAUGAAGCAGAGCGAGAUUGACCGCGAAAUGAACAACCGGAUUGCCUUCAUCGACUUUGUUCGCGGCUUGCUCACAAUAAAUCCCCUGGAGAGAUGGUCCCCCCAGCAGGCGAAGCUGCAUCCCUUUAUCACUCAGCAAAAGUUCACGGGACCUUUCGUCCCACCCAUGAACUUGAAAUCCAGCUCCCUCAACCGGUCCCCGGCACCAGGGACGCAACAGCAACAACAGGCUGAGGCUCUCAGCAAACAGCGAGCACAAGCCGCACAGGCGCAGGCGAAUUCGGCUGCGCAAGGAGCCUACGCCUCUAUGGCAGCCUCGCAGUACCCGCCGUCGGCGCACCCUCAGCCACCCAUGUACGGCGCCAACCCCGUUUACAACCCAGCCGCGAGCCACGGCGGCAUGGCCCCUCCUUACGGACCGCAGGCCGGCCAAUACGGGCAAAUGGUCAUGCAGCCCCCUCAGCAGAUCCCCGCGCAAUACGGGACCGUGUCGCAACCGAACAUGUACCAACAGGGAGGCAUGCGGACCAACCGACAGAGGGCAUCCACAAUGGAGCAGCAGCAGAGCGGUAUUCCAGCUGCUAUCCAACGUGUUGCCAGCCACCUUGACCCGAGCCAGCCAAUUCGACUCCAGCCUAGCCCAGCGUACUACCCGCCACCUGGCGAAGGAAUGGCCGGCAUGGACACGACGCCUGGUCGGGCUGGCCGGCGAGGUAGCAGAGUCCAGCAGGGCGGUCGUGGGAACCGAGACUUCAUUCGGAACCUCGAGGAACGGACUCUCGAAGAAGGCUUCAUGGGCAACCAGAACCCUUGGCAUUGA